UUUGACAGUAUAUUUCAGUAUUUGAAGAGUAUAUUUCAGUAUUUGGACAGUAUAUUUCAGUAUUUUGACAGUAUAUUUCAGUAUUUGGACAGUAUAUUUCAGUAUUUGAACAGUAUAUUUCAGUAUUUGGACAGUAUAUUUCAGUAUUUUGACAGUAUAUUUCAGUAUUUGGACAGUAUAUUUCAGUAUUUUGACAGUAUAUUUCAGUAUUUGGACAGUAUAUUUCAGUAUUUGGACAGUAUAUUUCAGUAUUUUGACAGUAUAUUUCAGUAUUUGACAGUAUAUUUCAGUAUUUGA